AUGGAGACCCGCCAGAAUCUUUCCGAGGUCAUUACCAUUGACUCUGACGAUGAUGACUUGGAAGUGACGCGAUAUGUGAAAUCAACCCCCACUCCAACUAUUCAAACCAAGCAUUCUGCCAGCGUCAAAUCAGAGACCUCCACACCUCUCAGAUUGAACUCCUUGGAUACCCCUUCUCGUAUCUCAGUCAAUACCCCGGUAAUAGUUGAAUCUGAAGACAGUGAUAGCGACGAGGGGUUCAAUGAUGGCGAAGCGGCAUACCAGAAGUUCAAGGAUCGCAAAUCUGUCAAGCGCAAACAAACUGCUGCUGCAAAUCGCAGAGCGAAGCUUCCAAAGUUUGCAAAAAAAGAAAAACCGGCUGAUGAUAUGAUCGUUGGCCUUGUGAAACCCGAAAAACCGACGCCCAAGCCCAAACGACCUAUGAAAGAAUAUGGAGAAGUAUCGUCUGAGGAUGACUUGAUGGAGCAUACGCUUCCUAGUUACCUCAAAAAACGCCGUCUCAAGUUUGAUCGGAAACAAGAACACCUUGAAGAGUAUGGAUUAAAGCUACCGCCUUCUUAUGAGGACGUGGAAUUUUCCGACGACGAGCGCCUUGAGCAUCUGGAGGAGAGACCCUCCUUCCCGGGGAGGACACCAGCUCGCGAAUACAAAGACAUUACGUUACCCUUUUCCCUUGGCUUGAUUCCCGCACCAUUUGCGCAAUGGCUGCGCCAAUAUCAAGUCGAGGGAGUGGCUUUCAUGCAUGAGAAGUUCAUUUAUCAGAAAGGUGGGAUUCUCGGAGACGAUAUGGGCCUUGGAAAAACCAUUCAGGUAAUUGCAUUUCUGACAGUGGCGUAUGGCAAGACUGGUGACGAGCGUGAUGCAAAGCGAAUGCGCAAGAUGCGCAGAUCUGCUGAUAAGCCAUGGUAUCCACGCACCUUGAUUGUCUGUCCUGGAACUCUGAUCUCGAACUGGGUUGCCGAGUUACGCAGAUGGGGUUGGUGGCAAAUUGAAGUGUAUCAUGGUGCCAGCAAGGAUAUCCCCUUCCAGACUGUGAAAUCGGGUAUGGCCGAAAUAAUGAUCACCACCUACACAACCUAUGUCAACAACAAGGGGAUGGUCAAUCUGAUCGAAUGGGAUUGUGUAAUUGCAGACGAAUGCCAUAAGAUCAAAGAACGAAAGUCAGAAACAACCAAAGCGAUGAACGAAAUAAACGCCCUUUGCCGUAUCGGUCUGACGGGCACGGCGAUACAAAAUCGAUAUGAGGAGCUGUGGACACUACUGAAUUGGACCAACCCCGGCGUGCUUGGUCCGGUGACAACAUGGAAAGCACAAAUUGCAGAACCAUUGAAGAUCGGACAGUCCCACAACGCAACUGUGAAUGAGCUCAGUAAGGCUCGGAGAACUGCCAAGAAGCUUGUCGAAAAUUUACUACCGCAGUUCUUCCUCCGACGCAUGAAAUCCCUGAUCGCAGAUCAAUUACCGAAGAAAAGUGAUCGGGUGGUAUUUUGCCCUCUUACUUGGUCACAAGCAGAGGCAUAUGAAAACUUCUUGGACAGCGAUAUUAUUCAGACAAUCAAGAACUCCACCGACAUGUGCGACUGUGGACAAAAAAAGAAAGCAGGCUGGUGCUGCCACAGACUUAUACCCGGCACGGGGAAAACAUGGCAAGCCUAUGUGUUCCCUGCUAUACAUGUGCUGCAAAAGCUCAGUAACCACCUUGCACUCCUCAUUCCCCAAGGAAAUGACCCCCAGGAGAGACAGGAGAAAGAUAGAGAGAUGCUAGAGAUUGCACUUCCUGAUCAAUGGGAAGGUCUUUACCGCGCUAGGGACUCCAUUAUGAACUUUGCGAAUCCUGAAUUUUGCGGGAAAUGGAAGGUUCUCAAAAAGCUGCUCAAGUGGUGGCAUUCAAAUGGAGAUAAGGUCCUAAUAUUCUCGCACAGCGUACGUCUCUUGAAAAUGCUUCAGAUGCUGUUCACCCAUACCAGCUACAAUGUGAGCUAUCUGGAUGGAUCAAUGAAGUAUGAAGAUCGUGCGUUAGCUGUGGAUGAGUUUAACUCCGACUCGAAGCAAUUCGUUUUCUUGAUCUCGACCAAGGCCGGCGGCGUCGGUCUGAACAUCACCUCUGCCAAUAAAGUCGUUGUGGUGGAUCCUAAUUGGAACCCAUCAUGGGAUCUCCAAGCUCAAGACCGAGCCUACCGUAUCGGACAAGUCCGCGAUGUCGAGGUCUUUCGUCUUGUCUCCGCUGGAACCAUCGAGGAGAUCGUCUAUGCUCGUCAGAUCUACAAGCAGCAACAGGCGGAAAUUGGGUACAAUGCGAGCUCCGAGAGACGAUACUUUAAGGGAGUUCAAGACCAGAAAGACCAAAAGGGCGAGAUUUUCGGCAUGCAAAACUUGUUCUCGUACCAAUACGAUAAUGUUGUCCUCCGGGAUAUCGUGAAUACGACUAACGUCGCUGAAAGUCGAGCAGGUGUCCAAGUAAUAGAUUUCCACUUUGAAGAAGAUGAAGAAGUCUCUGGUGAUGCUACCAAGUCCGAGGACGAAGUUAUGAGCCAAUAUGCCGCCAUGAUUCGCGGUGAACAGGAGGACCUUGCGCCUAAAUCACGGGUCACUCCCAGCGCCCAACACAAACACGACCCUGUGCAAGCAAUUCUUUCCAGCGCAGGAGUGGAAUAUACUCACCUCAACAAUGAAGUCAUUGGUUCUUCCCGUGUCGAGGAGAAGCUAAGUCGUCAAGCGGAGCAGAUAACAAACGACCCAAGUGCCAAUUUUAAGGUCUUCCAAGCAUCGUCACAAAUGCAGCCUCAUGACAUUUCUCCGUUUGAGGAAGUUGACUAUAUACCACGCCCGAACCCACCGGACCAUUCUGCUUUCCGUUUCAAAUAUAAUCCGCCGGAGGAUGUCAAAAGACGCCAGUUCUGCACCAUGGCGCAGCGUUUGGGGUAUGCCGAUGCGACACAGUUCGCACUGGUCGUUGAAAGCAUGACCCAAGCUGACCGGAGGGCUUGUCUUGAUCGAUGGUACUCGGAAAGACGCGAUGCUCUGCUGCCGAAAGAUGAGUUUGUCAAAGGCGAACAGAUAAAGGACGAGAGGGUCAAGGACGAGAGGGUCAAGGGCGAAUGGGUCAAAGAUGACAAAGUCAAGACCGAGUGGGUGAAGAGGGAAAUCAAGGAUGAGCUGUGA